AUGUCGGCUUUCAAGAAACGCAAGACCGAACACGGCUCGACAAAAGAAGCUGUGCUAGCGCCGUCGACAAAAUCCUCUCGACCCAAGACAGGCAAAGUCGCAACACCGACGAACAAGAAACGGGCACACGCUCAAGUGGAAAUCGCCUCUGAAGAUAGCGAAGAAGAGGAGGAGGACGACGAGGACGAGGAAUUUACUUUUGCGGAUCUAGGGGUAACGGAGUCAUUAUGCGACGCUUGCACCUCGCUCGGGUUCAAGAUGCCAACACCAAUUCAACGAGAGUCAAUACCAAUCGCACUUGAGGGCAAAGAUAUCAUAGGUCUAGCGGAGACGGGAAGUGGAAAGACAGCUGCAUUCGCCCUGCCGAUUCUGCAAGCACUUCUAGACAAACCUCAGCCCAUGUUCGGACUCGUCCUGGCACCGACCCGCGAACUUGCAUAUCAGAUCUCACAGCAAUUUGAAGCACUAGGGAGUUUAAUUAACGUGCGCUGCUCCGUCAUCGUCGGUGGCAUGGAUAUGGUCCCACAAGCGAUCUCUCUCGCAAAGAAACCUCACAUUGUUGUCGCCACACCAGGUCGUUUACUCGACCACCUCGAGAACACCAAAGGCUUCUCUCUCCGUCAUUUGAAAUACCUUGUCCUCGACGAAGCCGACCGACUCCUCGAUCUCGACUUCGGCCCCAUCCUCGACAAAAUCCUCCAAGUCCUGCCCCGCGAGCGCCGCACCAUGCUCUUCAGCGCCACGAUGAACACCAAGCUCAACAACCUCACGCGGGCCGCGCUACAACAACCCGUGCGCGUCAGCGUCAGCGACAGCAACUACCAAACAGUGAAAAACCUCAUGCAGCGCUACGUCUUCAUCCCGCAGAAGUUCAAAGACAUUUACCUCGUCUACCUGCUCAACAAAUUCGCCGGCCGCAUGUGCAUCGUCUUCACCCGCACCAUCCACGAGGCCGCGCGAAUAGCCUACCUCCUGCGCGCCCUGGGCCUCAGCGCCAUCCCGCUUCACGGCAAACUCUCCCAAUCAGCGCGUCUCGGGGUGCUCAACAAAUUCAAAGCCGGCGGCAAAGACAUCCUGGUAAGCACGGACAUCGCCGCGCGAGGUCUAGAUAUUCCCUCCGUCGACCUGGUCCUCAACUUCGACCUGCCAUCCGACAGCAAGACCUACGUCCACCGCGUAGGGCGAACUGCUCGUGCGGGGAAAUCAGGUUUCGCGAUCAACAUCGUCACACAGUAUGACAUCGAGGUCUUCCAGCGCAUCGAACAUGCCCUGGGUAAGAAACUGGAGGAAUACCCCACGGAACGCGAUGAGGUCAUGGUGUUUGGACCCCGUGUGAACGAGGCGCAGAGGGUGGCGAUUACGGAGUUGAAGAACGAGAAUGAUCGGCAGAAUGGUGGUGGACGGAAAGGCGCUGGUGGUGGUGGGAUUGGGGGUGGGAGGGGGAAGAAGGGCGGUUCAAGGAGGGAUGGCAUGGAUCAGGAUGAGGGAUGAUUUUAGAAGUAGGUUGGAAUGGGUUUGGUUUUUUCGGGGGUUGACCUUGUUUUGUGAGUAAUAGAGCGUUGUUUGAUGAUUAUGUAAGUUCUGUAUUGAUGAUACCCUUCUGUGUAGUGGUCCUGUUCUUGCGCUUCCGACUCUUCUUCAGCGGCUCGAGAGCUGGUAUGCCCCCGGAGAGACCCUCGCUUGGAGAAUGCCGUCGAUUUAGGC